UUGCACUCAGUCUAGAUAGAUAGAGAUAAAGAGAUAGAGAGAGAGAUGGGUACGAAAACGGAGAUGAUGGAGAGAGACGCAAUGGCUACGGUGGCUCCUUACGCGCCGGUCACUUACCAUCGCCGUGCUCGUGUUGACCUGGAUGAUAGACUUCCUAAACCUUAUAUGCCGAGAGCAUUGCAAGCACCAGACAGAGAACAUCCUUACGGAACCCCAGGCCACAAGAAUUACGGACUUAGUGUUCUUCAGCAACAUGUCGCCUUCUUUGAUAUCGAUGAUAAUGGCAUCAUCUACCCUUGGGAGACCUACUCUGGACUGCGAAUGCUUGGUUUCAAUAUCAUCGGGUCGCUUAUAAUAGCCGCGGUUAUCAACUUGGCCCUUAGCUAUGCUACUCUUCCGGGGUGGUUACCUUCACCGUUCUUCCCUAUAUACAUACACAACAUACACAAGUCAAAGCAUGGAAGUGACUCGCAAACAUAUGACAAUGAAGGAAGGUUUAUGCCGGUGAAUCUUGAGUUGAUAUUUAGCAAAUAUGCAAAAACCUUGCCAGACAAGUUGAGUCUUGGGGAACUAUGGGACAUGACAGAAGGAAAUCGUGAUGCUUGGGACAUUUUCGGAUGGAUUGCUGGCAAAGUGGAGUGGGGACUCUUGUACUUGCUAGCGAGGGAUGAAGAAGGGUUUUUGUCAAAAGAAGCAAUUAGGCGGUGUUUCGAUGGCAGCUUGUUCGAGUACUGCGCCAAGAUCUACGCUGGUAUCAGUGAAGAUAAGACAGCAUACUACUAAAAGGUAUCCACGAUGAAUGAAGGUUCGGGUAGUAGUAUGGACUUUUGUCUAAGAGAUCUAUGUUUGUUUUUCGUCUUUCCAAAUCUGUAUGGUUCAAGUAUACGUUGCAGCUUAUAUAGAAAAGCUUGUGUGUUUUGUUGCGUUAGUCUCUGUUUGUAUCAACCUUUUUUUCAACUUCAAAGCAAUACAUACAACUGAAACUGUAAUGAAA